AUGUUUCAAGGUGAUAUAACGAUGUCUGCUCCUAUUAUUAAUGAUGAACGAGUAUUUACAUUUCGCUCAAAAAGUCAAUUGGAACGACAAUCUCAGCCAAUAAGAUCAAUUUUUGAAGUUCUAUUAAGAAUUGUUCCCCAUCGUUUCACUUAUAAUCGUUGUUGCGGUUCAAGUAUAUGUAUAUCGUUUCAAAGUGAUUCGCGUACGGGUAGUGAUCGCUCAACUGUUAAUCACUUUCAAAAUAAUACACCAAAUAAUGAAAUUAGUGUAUCGUCGUCAACUGUUGAUAGAGAGUCAACUUUAAGCAUCCGAUCAUUUAUUGGAAAAUCAAAAGAACGGGUAAGUUAUAGAAUUACAAAACGAUAA